AUGCUUGGCUUUAGAGCCAUGAAAGAAUCCACGAAGAAGUCGGCGACGGCUGUGCUCGUGUGGUUCGAGACAAAGCGGGCCAAGGACAUGGUCCCUCCUGAUGGCGACACCGUGUAUUCUGUGUCUCAGCAGGUGCAUUACUCCUUCAUCACAAGCACAACACCGGUCACUUCCAGGCAGCUUACCCGGACGAGGCUCCUGCCACCGGCCAGUCGUUCCCGGGCUGGGAAGGCUGGCCAAGUGCAAGUUCAAGCUCCGGCCCUCGUCCUGGACCAGCAGCAACAGCAACAGCAGCAAAUGCUUUCCUUUGGCCACUUCCUCAACUCGAUGUACCAGAAGUUCCAGUGCAACAACCAGGCUGCACUCAACUUGUCCUUCACCCAGCCUGGGCAAGGCCAGCCUACUGGUCUGCCGUUGCAGACUGGUUUUGGGCAGCAGAACAACACGGCUCAGCUUGGUCAGCUCUCUCUGCAGAACGGCUCGCAGACCCACACUGCUCAGCCUGGUGUCUUGGCUUUGCAGAACGGUUUGCAGAACAACACUGCUCAGCCUGCUCAGCUGCCUUUGCAGAACUUGCAGCAGCUACCCCCUGCAGCAACUGUGGCCCAAGGUGUGGCCCCUGCAAGCCUUGAGCUUCCUGCCCAGAACUUUCCUGCUCAGCAGCCUGCAGAGUCGCAGCCGAAGCAAGCUGAGCAGCAGCAAGAGCCCGCUGCAGGCUUGGAAGCUUUCGAGGACGAACACUUUCGGAAGCUACAGGAGAAGAAGACUCAG